UUCUUAAACAACUUCUUCGCACAUCACCAACUUGGGCCAGAGCAUCUCCAAAUUCUUUUUCUCUCUCGGAGCCUGGUCAGUUACUGGUCUAUCUCUGCUAACGUACGCCUCCAUCUUUUUUUUUCGGGAUUUUGAUUGUCGUUUUCGGUACAGCUGGAAUCAACGGAAGCAAGGAAGAAGAAGAAGAAGAUGGAAAAGCUUGUAAUCGAGGUGAAGGAGUGGACGAUGGUGAAACCGGCGACGGAGACGCCUCAGAGGAUUCUAUGGAACUCGAAUUUGGACCUGGUGAUUCCGAGCAUUCAUACGCCGAGCGUUUACUUUUACAGACCCACCGGCGCCGCCAAUUUCUUUGACGCUGGUGUCAUGAAACAAACCCUAAGCAAGGCUCUCGUCCCUUUCUAUCCCAUGGCUGGUCGAUUGCGCCGCGACGAUGAUGGCCGUAUCGAGAUUGAUUGUAAUGCCGAUGGUGUCCUAUUCGUCGAGGCCGAGUCCAACUUCGUCAUCGACGAUUUUGGUGAUUUCGCUCCCACGCCGGAGCUCCGGAAGCUCAUUCCUCCCGUUGAUUACUCCGGUGGCAUUGCUUCAUAUCCUCUAUUGGUGUUACAGGUUACGUACUUUAGAUGUGGGGGUGUAUCACUUGGUGUUGGUAUGCAACACCAUGCUGCAGAUGGUUUUUCUGGUCUGCACUUUGUAAAUACUUGGUCUGAUAUGGCUCGUGGUCUUGACCUUACCAUUCCACCGUUUAUAGAUAGGACACUACUUCGUGCCCGUGAUCCACCUAAAGCUACAUUUGAUCAUAUUGAAUACAAACCCCCACCAGCCAUGAAAAGCAAAAACCCAGGUCCAGAAAUCACCACUCAUGCAGUUGGUAUGUACAAGUUGACCAAGGAACAAGUAGCCAUGUUGAAAGGCAAGUGCAAGGAAGAUGGGAACACAGUCAACUACAGCUCAUACGAGAUGUUAUCAGGUCAUGUUUGGAGAUGCGUUUGCAAGGCUCGCGGACUACCUGCCGAUCAAGAUACCAAAUUGUACAUUGCUACUGAUGGUAGGUCUAGGCUGCAACCACCACUCCCACCUGGCUACUUUGGCAAUGUAAUUUUCACAUCCACACCACUUGCUGUGGCUGGUGAUCUUAUGUCAAAGCCCACUUGGUAUGCUGCAAGCCGAAUUCACAACGCCUUGGUAAGGAUGGACAAUGAGUAUUUAAGGUCCGCGCUUGACUACUUAGAAGUUCAGCCUAAUCUGGCAGCCCUUGUCCGGGGAGCUCAUACUUUUAAGUGCCCAAAUCUUGGAAUAACUAGCUGGGUUAGAUUGCCCAUUCAUGAUGCUGAUUUUGGCUGGGGUCGACCAAUUUUCAUGGGACCAGGUGGGAUUUUUUGCGAGGGCUUAGCAUUUACGUUACCUAGCCCAAUUAACGAUGGAAGCUUGUCAGUUGCAAUUGGUCUUCAACCUGAACACUUGAAAGCAUUUGAGAAGUUGUUAUACGAGAUAUGAUGGACUGUUUUCUGGUUUGCCUUAAAUGGUUACAAGGUAGAUUGUCUCGAUCAUUUUUUUCUUUCCCUUCUUCUCUACACUGUUUUUUAUGUGAAUGAGACUCUUCGUCAUAUGAUAAUUUUCCCGAACUAAAGUGGGGUUGGCUGAAUGUUGUAUACCUAUAAACUACAGACUAUUGUGUUACAAAUUUUUACUUUACAAUGGUGAUAAUACAUUCAACACAGACUACAAGUUGGAUCUGAUUUUGAAAUUAAUUUCAUGUUCAAUGGCA